GAUCACAUCACUUCAUUGGAUCCAACCAAAGGAAACAUAAGGACACGUGGAUAAAGUCUCAACGUUUGUGCUUUGCUAGCUUUAGUGAACAUGUGACCGAUGCUAGGACACAGAUUAUUUUAUCUAGUACAGUUCUCGGUUCGAAGAAAGGUUAACCCGAUAGUGAGUUCUGUCUGUUUGAUUCCAUAGAUAUCAAACAUGGGCGACAUGUUGAGAUUUAAUUUGAUGCUUGCUGCUUUACUUGUAUGCCUUCCAUCUUUUUUAUUGGAGUCAGUACUACACGAUGAAUCAACGAUGUUUGGAAAUUUGAAGUAUGAUUCCCUGCCGGACCACGUGAAAGAAGUCUUGCGUGAAAGUAGAGCCUCUGGGGAUGAAUCAGCUCAUUGGUGUUGUAAGAUCAAUCCAACCAAAACCAUAGUGGAUUCACGAACCGUGUCUGUGACAGUAGUCGUUCCAGUAAGACACACCCAUUCUAAAAGUUGUGGGUUUUUAUGGACUAAAAGAUGCACCUCGACCUCUUACACGACUGGGUACAGGAGAGCGUACAAGGCGACCUACACCAGCAGACUGGUACCCACCACCUGUCCAGAUGAACAUCUAGUGUGUUGUAAGGACUUCAUCAAAGUCGCGGAUCAGUGCUUGCCUCAAAAUCGACUCACUGACAUUAAGGAUGACUUGCUGAAGUUGCACGACGCAGGAAUAGUUAUUGGGUAAACUCCAAGAUAUCAACUGAUUAAAUAAACAUAUUGAACUGUUAA